GCUUUGUAAGGUUCUGUUUCCGCGAUAAGAAUUUUGAGUUACCACCCGGUGCACUAAAUUAUUACUCCGCUGAUCAUGUGAGUUUUAUUGGGUUUUGCCAGGGUAAAGUUUAACGUUUUAUCUGGGAACAUCUGGACGUAUAGUUGCUGUUAUAAUGGAUUUUGCCAUUACACACACAUGGGAUAGUUUGGCAGUACACCAUGACCCAGUGACCCUGAAGCUGACAGCGGGAGAUGGAGGGUUGGCAAUGGAAGUUCAAGCUCCAUUUUUUAAUGAUCCUCCAGCACCAGCAGGUGCCCCAGGAGAGCCUUUUCCUGGCCUCUGGGAUUAUGAAGUUGUUGAAGCUUUCUUCUUAAAUAGUACCACAGAACAAUACUUGGAGGUUGAAGUCUGUCCUCAUGGGCAGCAUUUAUUGUUAUUACUCUCUGGAAAAAGGAAUGCAUGGAAACAAGGGCUAAACUUAGCAUAUGAAGCUUCCAUUUAUGGGGACAAAUGGAAAGGGAAAGCACUCCUUCCCUGGAGCUAUUUUCCCCCCGGCGUGGAUAAAAUGAAUUCAUAUGCAAUUCAUGGAUCUGGCAAUGGAAGGACUUAUGAAGCCCUGUACCCAAUACUGAGAGAAGAGAUCAAAGAGAGGCAAGGGCCAGACUUCCAUCGCCUGGAAUACUUCCAAGAUUUCAGUAUCAAAGACAUUAUGGGACCGAACUGGAUGCAGCCUGAAUCAGAACUCUGGAAGGAAUGCUGAUGAUUAGCCAAAAUGAUGAUAAUUCAUUCAAUUUAUUAAUCAGGAUAGUCAAAGUAUUCUUUUCCAGCAAACAUAUAAUAACAAUAAAUACAUUUGCUGUACUUUGCCUAUCCUCUUCCACUAUCCCUGUUUGAACAAAGUGACAUGGGAGGCGACCUGCCAUAGAGAAUGCCAGUCAGAAUAUAUUUUAGUCUGACUAUAGCAACCACAGCAUUUGGCAUUUUAGAGGAAACAGGAAGUACAGUAUCUGACCAAAACUGGGGAAAAUGUGUCCCAUUGAGUAAAAGCAUCGAUAAUAAUCAUAUCACACACACAGUGUUGAAGGGAUUAGAAAUAAUAAGAACACCAAUCAUAAAAAUAAUGCAUGAUUCAGACAGACCAAAUCAGCAGAAAGGAGAGUUUAUUUCUGAAUGAUUCUCUGGCGCCACCUUGUGACCAAGAAAUGAGAAACUGAAAUAAAGCUUAACUUAAGUAACAGUGAAGAGGCGAUGUCUGUUGUGUUUCAAAGGUAAUUGGUUGUAUCAGGAAUCUGAAUUCCAAGAAAUAACAAGGAAUACUACGUCUAUCUUAUAGUCUGCGAUUGAGUGCUUGUUAAAUGCUGGUUGGAUCAUUGUAUUUAAUUAAAAAAAAAACGCAGAGGGUCUGGUUUCAGUGCUGCUCAAGAUCUGUGAAAACUACAGAAAGAGGUUGUAGAUGUUAUUUGAAGGCCAGCACUGUGGCCAAAUGUUUAUGUUAAUAAAGAUGGUUAAUUUUA